UUCUCUCUCCCCCGAUCGCUUGCCUGAAUUGCGAUUCCGCUUCGAUCCGACCGUGCCCUCGCUUCGUAUCGAACCGUCCGUCCGUCUUCAGAGCCGAAAGCAAUCAUUUUUAUGUCUCAUUCGGCAUCGAGAGCUGGGACUUUUGCUCGAGCUCUGUUCAAAUUCCCACGCGCGGAUGUGUGAUAGGAGGGAUUGACAUUAGAUGGCAAGUUCACAGGAUUGAAAGCUGGCUGGCUAUUGUGGGGGAGAGGGAGGGAGGGACUUGCUGUGGAUACAUGGGGUUCCUUGGCUUUAUGUACAAUGGGAGGUCGAAGCCAUUUGGAGUCAGCGAAGCAUUGCUUAUGUUAUUUCUUGAUGUGCUGAUGCUAAUUCCCAGCAUACAUGCAGUUUGAAUUUUGCUGCUGCGAGUUUGCUGGUGUGAGCAGGGAUGGAACUCUUGUUUAAGGGUCUCGAUGAGCGCGCGCCUGAUUGUGCCUUUGAUGAGAAGGCCUUUCAGAGAUGCCCCUUUCUGAGGAACAUAAACAAACCGACGUGCUUUUCCUUUUCAUUUCUAGAUCCCCCUCAACCUGUACAGGGUGCCAAAGGUCCAAUUUUUGAAGAUGGUCCAGGUUUCGACAUGGCUUUUAAGCUCUUCCAUGGAAAGAAUGGAGUUGUCCCGCUCACCGAGAGUCCUCACUUUCCUAACGCCCAACCUAUUGCUGAGCCCACACCUCAAUUCAAUCCCUUAGCAGCAAAAGCAGCGACCAUCAGUCUGUCUGCUUUUGGCCCAGGGGGCCCGUUCAGCUUCGGUUCCUUUUCUGAUAAAUGGAAGAAACAGAAGAAGCGGGUUGAUUCGUCCGACAAGAAAGGACCCUCUUCUGAGAAAGGAAAUCCAACCAAUCACGAGGCACAUGGAAACGAAUGGCUGCAGACAGGCAAUUGCCCAAUAGCUAAGUCAUUCAGAGCCGUCAGUGGUGUCCUUCCACUGGUUGCAAAGGCACUUCAGCCACCGCCAGGUAUAAAGUUCAAAUGCCCCCCGGCAGUAGUCGCUGCAAGAGCGGCCCUUGCUCGGACAGCCUUGGUUAAGACAUUACGUCCUCAACCCCUGCCUUCAAAGAUGCUAGUAAUUGCACUCUUGGGCAUGGCAGCCAACGUGCCUUUAGGUGUGUGGAGGGAGCACACAGAGAAGUUUUCUCUAUCAUGGUUUGCAGCAGUUCAUGCGGCUGUACCCUUCAUCGCCAUGUUGAGAAAAUCAGUCGUGAUGCCAAAAUCAGCUAUGGCAUUAACGAUUGCGGCCUCCAUUUUAGGCCAAGUUAUUGGGUCUAGAGCUGAACGGAUCAGGAUGAAAGCUGCUGCUCAAAGGGUGGUGGCUCCGUGUGUAACAGUUGAUGGCAUUGCUCACUGCGGUACAAACCAGGCAGAUGUUUCCAGCAUCAACUGUAGUACACAAGGAAUGAUGAGAAACUCACCUCCGGCAGAAGCUCGUGGUACAGCUUCGGCAUCUAGUGUUUGUUACUAGUAGUUUCUGUUCAUUAUAAAGAUCUGUGAAGAACAGCUAAGAAUAAUCAUCCAUGCAGCAUUUUAAUAUAGAUUUAUUUGGGUACCC